AUGGCGAGUAAUUGCAACCAAACCACGACCGCCGCUGGCACCACGGCGCCUGGUUCCGGCGUGCCCACCUCCGGCGCUACAGCGGGCGCCCCCUCGGCACAUCCGAACACGGGGGAGCGCACCGCUCAGGGCAUCAAGGGUGUCUUUGCCCAAGGACACGGCAUCGGCGAGUCGCUUCGGGGGAACAUCAACUCGGCGAUCGACACCCUCACCGGGGAUCAUACCGAGAAGGCGAAGGACGAGGAAGUGGCUCGGGGCGGUUUUAGGGAAUUUGCCAACAAGGAGUUUGAGAAGAAGGGCACGACGGAUAAGGCAUUGUGA